UGGUUGCGCGCGCCAGAGAUGUUUGCCGAACUGCUGUGUGGCGCCGUGGCUCUGGUCCUCUAUGCCAACACUCUGGGCGCAGAUUUCUGCUACGAUGACAGCCGUGCAAUCAAGACCAAUCAGGACCUGCUCCCAGAGACCCCCUGGACAAACAUCUUUUAUGAUGACUUCUGGGGCACCUUACUCACACACAGUGGCAGCCAUAAGUCUUACCGACCCCUCUGCACCCUCUCCUUCCGCCUUAACUAUUUGGUGGGUGGGCUGGAGCCUUGGGGUUAUCACCUGGUUAAUGUGGCCCUCCAUGGUGCUGUGACCAUCCUGUUUACCUCUCUGGCCCGCCUGUUACUUGGGGGAGGACUGUGGAGCCUACUAGCUGGCCUAAUAUUUGCUUCUCACCCUAUCCACACUGAGGCAGUGGCAGGCAUUGUUGGACGGGCCGAUGAAGGUGCUGCCCUGUUCUUCCUGCUGUCCUUGCUGUGUUACAUCCAUCACUGUAGGCUGCGGGGGCAUACAGGGUCCUUGCGACUUGCUGCAUGGUUCCUGAGCAGCUUGGGCUGUGCAGCAUGCAGUAUGCUAUGGAAGGAGCUGGGAGUAACCGUUCUGGCUGUAUCAGCAUUGUACGAUGUCUGUGUUUUCCACAGGUUCAAACUGCGGCAGGUCAUUAUACUCAUCUACAAGAGAAAGAACAUCCACCUGCUGCUGAAUGUGUUUUUGUUGGCAGCGUGGGGAGUUGUCUUACUGGCAUGCCGCUUCUCUUGGAUGGGAAACAAACCUCCAAACUUCUCCAACUCUGACAACCCAGCAGCAGACUCCCCCUCGCUCCUCACCAGGACUUUAACCUUUUUCUACCUACCCGUCUUUAACUUUUGGCUCCUCCUCUGUCCAGACAAGCUCAGUUUUGAUUGGUCAAUGGAUGCUUUGCCUCUGCUCAGGACCGUUGCGGACUGGAGGAACAUUCACACAGUCGUUUUUUAUCCUGGAUUGCUAAUGCUUGCUUGGUUCUGCCUGUGGACUCGCUCGACAUCCAAGAGCAAAGACGCCAACGGGAAAACGCUCCAUUAUAUUAAUGGCCGAAAUGGGAACAGUAAUGGCCACAGUUACUGUUGUAACAACCAUGAACACGUGAGCAACUCUCACACAGAUGCUCAUACUAACAGUGCACAAAAUGGUACAAAAACACAUGAUGAAAGCAGGACUCCACUGCCUACCACUGAAAAUGUUGUGGCAUUCUCCCUGGGCCUCUUGAUUAUCCCAUUUUUACCAGCCACAAACUUGUUUUUUUAUGUAGGAUUUGUGAUAGCAGAGAGAGUACUGUACAUCCCUAGCAUGGGCUUUUGCCUGCUGGUUGCAGUGGGGGUGAGGUCUCUGUAUGUUCGACUGCGACGCAGGUCUUUCAGGACAGUUUUGCUGUACUGCAGUGCAGCCCUGGUUUUACUGUUGAGUGUCAAAACUGUUUUGAGGAACCAGGACUGGCAGAAUGAAGAGAUGCUCUACAAGUCAGGGAUUUAUGUCAAUCCUGCUAAAGCUUGGGGCAACCUUGGAAACGUUUUAAAGAGUCAAGGAGAGAUGGAAAAAGCCGAACAGGCAUACAGAAACGCUUUGUACUACCGGACCAACAUGGCAGAUAUGUUGUAUAACCUUGGUUUGCUGCUACAGGAGAGCAACAAAUUCUCAGAGGCACUCCACUACUAUAAGCUGGCCAUUGGGAGCCGGCCAACUCUCGCUUCGGCCUACUUGAAUACAGGCAUCAUCCUCAUGAAUCAGGGCCGUCUGGACGAGGCCAAACGUACAUUUCUGACAUGUGCUGAUAUCCCAGAUGAGAACCUCAAGGACCCUCACGCCCAUAAGAGUUCAGUCACCAGCUGCCUCUACAACCUGGGCAAGCUGCUUCAUGAGCAGGGACACCAGGAGGAGGCCCUCUCCGUGUUUAAAGAAGCAAUACAGAAAAUGCCAAGACAAUUUGCACCACAGAGCCUCUACAACAUGAUGGGAGAAGCCUACAUGAGGCUGAAUAAGCUGACUGAUGCUGAACAUUGGUACACAGAAUCGCUGAGAGCCAAGCCAGACCAUAUUCCUGCACACCUCACUUAUGGCAAACUCUUGGCUAUGACCGGGCAGAAAACAGAAGCCGAGAGGUACUUCCUGAAGGCCAUCCAACUCGAUCCCACAAAAGGCAACUGUUACAUGCAUUAUGGUCAGUUUUUAUUGGAAGAGUCACGGCUGCUGGAAGCAGCAGAAAUGGCAAAGAAAGCUGCACGCCUGGACAGCGGGGAGUUUGAUGUAGUCUUCAGUGCAGCCCACAUGCUCAGACAAGCCAACCUUAAUGAGGCAGCUGAGAAGCAUUACAGACAAGCAGCAAGUCUGAGACCAAAUUACCCUGCAGCCCUGAUGAACCUUGGUGCGAUCCUGCACCUCAACGGGAAACUGCAAGACGCCGAAGCCAAUUACCUCCGGGCGCUUCAGCUGAAACCGGACGACACCAUCACCCAGUCAAAUCUGCGUAAGCUGUGGAACAUCAUGGAGAAACAGAGCCUGAGGACCACGAGCCCCUGAGUUAGUUCACCCAGCCCGCUUACUCGCCAUCUGCAUGCCAGACACGAGGAAAAAACAGCCAACGCGCUCUGCAUUCCUUUUACUCAUCCAAGAGAGAUAGAAGAGGCUAAGGGAGGAUAUUUGCAGAGACACCAUGACUGCGCCGCACAGGCUCUCCUAAUCACUGCUGAGCUCUGCAAACACCUCUGGCCAGCAGCUUUCCACAAUAUUACAGUUAGUCAGGCACUGUGUGGGAUCUGGACACUAAAACUUUCUUCAAAUGUAUUGCUCCUUUUUUUUUUUUACUUUUAGAACACGUGAACCUGAA